UCAAUUAAUCGGUUUUGCGGAUUUCGCGCAUUUGUUCCGCAAGUGUGCAUGCCCUGUGCGUUAUUUCGUGUACUUUCAUGUUUGCGAUAAAAGAAAAAAAAAAUCCUUAAUCGCACGUAUCAAAAAAUCUCAAUGUGAUUGCAUUACACGUUAUUUAAUCAAGAUUUAAUAUCCCUGAUCUUUCGUGAAAUCUGACAAACAGGCAUUAACGUUUUGACAUUAUAUUUUUGUUUAUACACAGCUACAAAGAUGUCUGGAAGCAAGUGUCGUAAUUGCGGGUCCACUAGUAUUGAUACUGAUCCAGCACGUGGAGAUGCAGUUUGUACAAACUGUGGUUUUGUAUUGGAAGAUCAACUUAUUGUUAGCGAAACAACUUUUGAGGAAUCACCAUCAGGUCAUAUGAUGGUUCUUGGUCAGUUUGUUGCUAGUGACAGCACAGGUGGUGCUACUGGCUUUGGUGCAGCUUAUCAUGUCAAUGGAAAAGAAUCCAGAGGAAUUACUUUACAAAAUGCUCGAAAAGGUAUAACACAUCUUUGUGCACAACUAAGGUUAAAUAAUCAUUGUGUUGAGACAGCUAUGGGCUUCUACAAAAUGGCUCUGAGUUAUCGUUUGACACGUGGUAGAAAGCAAGCUCACAACCAAGCUGCUUGUGUAUAUAUUACUUGUCGUACAGAAAGAACUUCACAUAUGCUUAUUGACAUCAGCGACGUUCUUCAAAUCUGUGUUCAUGAACUGGGACGGACGUACGUAAAAUUUGCAAAAGCUCUUCACAUCAAUAUACCUUCGAUAGAUCCUUGCUUGUACAUCAUGAGAUUCGCGAACAAGCUCGAUUUCGGCGAGAAAACUCACGAGGUAUCCAUGACAGCUCAGAGGGUGGUGAAGAGAAUGAAAAGGGAUAGCAUUCACAGCGGCCGCAGGCCGUCAGGCCUAUGUGGCGCGGCCCUACUGAUAGCUGCGCGACUGCACGAAUUCAACAGAUCGCCCGCUGACAUAAUCAAAAUUGUCAAAGUUCACGAAUCCACUUUACGUAAAAGGUUGAUGGAAUUUGGUGAUACACCCUCCAGUGCUUUGACACUAGAUGAGUUUAUGACAGUGGAUUUGGAGGAGGAGCAGGAUCCUCCAGCGUUUAAAACAGCGCGUAAGAAAGAUAGAGAACGUCUACAAAAGCUGGACAAUAUAGAUGCGGAAAUAAGCGAAUUGCAAGCUGAAAUUGACAGACAAUUGGAAGAUUACAAAAUGGGGAAAAUGAAAAAACGGAAAGACGUGUUUGGUGACAUGGAAAACGAAGACGCAGAUAGAUUUAUCCGAGAAAGCAAUUUGGAUAUAAUCAACGAAUAUGUCCAUGAUAAUGUGGAUGAUCCUGAUGAGUUCAACGAUUCUAAAAUGGGAAACAAGGGUUCAGAUAUUACCGGACUUGGUCCUGAUUUGGCGACGAUGGGAUUGCUUCCCGUUAAUGAUUCUGUGAAUGUAGCCAAAGAAAAAUUAAACAAUAAUGUUGAAGAUAAUUGCGAGGAAAUUAGUAUAAAUGAUAUAGACGACGAGGAAUUGGACAGCUAUAUCCUUUCGGAAAAGGAAUCAAACUAUAAAUCUGCUCUUUGGAAAAAAGUGAAUGCUGAAUAUCUCGUUAAAGAAAAGGAAAAGGAAGAGAAACGUUUAAAGGAGACAGAGGAAGGUAAACCUGAGAAGAAAAGAAGAAGAACUAAGAAGAAUAAAACGCCCGCGAAUACCGCUGGCGAAGCGAUUGAAAAGAUGUUGCAAGAGAAAAAGAUAUGUUCUUUAAUUAAUUACGAAGCGCUGAACAUUCUAAACAGUGCUGUAAAUUCUUCUAGCAACCAGCAAGAAAACACUCAAGAAUUAUCUUCUACCGCGACGAAUACCACGUUGGGAUCGGACGAUUCGAGGACUUUUAAUAAACCAAUGUCAAUCUAUUCUUCGUUGAAGCCUGACAAUGCAACAGUUUCGUUAUCACGAAAAUCUUCAUCUGUUAAACAAAACACUCGGCAAUCCAAGAAAACGAACGAAACACCACAACGGGAAGAAGAUGAAGAAACUAUGGAGAAGGAAAUCACUCCAAUGGAGAAUUCAAUGGAUGUAUCCACAGUGAUGGAUACAUCUGAUAUCGUUGACGAAACUGAUGAUUACCUCGAUGAAGAUGCGGACGCUACAGAGAUGUCCGUUGGACAAAUGCUCGGACGUCAUGCAACGUCCGAGGGCGAAGACGAGGACGGCUAUGGAUAUGAAGAAGACGAAGACUAUUAAAUAGUUAUACGUUAGUUUAAUUAUUUAUUGGUAUUAUUACUGUACGUAAACACGCGUUGUAUUUAAAAUGCGGUCCAACUUUUCUUUUUCUCAUAAUUGUAUGAAAAUAAGGUUUUUUCCGCAGUGAAAGGAAAGAAAUGAGUUAGUGGAUGUCCAUAUUUUUUUUAUUUUUUCAUACGUAGUAUUACAUAAGAAACUGCGAAUUCUUACAUGAAAGAAAAAGAAAGUUAAGAAUAUUAACUUAUUGAUCCAAAUUAAUAUGUUUGUCUUUAUGGUAGUUAAUUAUUAUUUUUGUGAUAUUUAUUUUUUCAUGAUUUGUGGUUUAUCGUUGUCAUGUUUCGCUAUUAUGAUCACUACAGUUACCACUAUCAUGCGCUACUUAAACAAUUUUUAUAUCAGUAAAUAUUUUU